AUGUCAGCGACGCCUCGCAAGCCUGGAACCCCCGGCAAUUCCAACAAAUCAUCACUCGCAGAUCCGCCCUCCAACAACGGGUCCACCACACGAGGACAUGCACGCUCACCCAGCGCAGCCAACGGCCUCAACCGAUCUCCAUCCUUGAGAGGCUCUACUCCUGUAUCUGCGCGCGCGGCCGCAAGAAAACCUGGUCGCUCCAAUCUCAGCAUGUCGAACGUUCCACGAGUCUCCAACGACCCGUCCGAGGAAGAGGCGCGGGCCCAGAAUGCCGCCCUCAUUGAAGAACUGCGGGAGCAGCUUCAAAAGGCAGAGACGGCCUCCGAACAAUAUCAAAAACAAUUAGGCGUUCUACAAAUGCGCCUGGACGAAGCGCUCAGCGAGCAAAGUAAGCUGGAAGAUCAGGCCCACGAGCGAGACAGUCGGAUCGAGGCUCUCAACAGCGAUAUCCGGGACCAAGGUCGUCAGAUUCGGGAUCUGGAACAAAACCACGAAUCCGAACGCAAUGCGAUGCUUCAAGAGAAGGAGCAACAGACCAGCCGGGAAGAGGAAAUGCAGGCCACCAUCCAGCGCCUCAAGGACUCCAUGGCACAGAGGGAUAUGCGCAUCAACGCAGAGGGCGACCGCAGUCAAGUUUCCAGAUCUUCUAGCUUCCGCAACCGCGCCUCCCCGGACGUUGAGGGCCAGUUUGCGCCGUCGUCGCACAUCGAGCGAAGCCCGUCCCGAAACAACUCCACACUCCUUUUGCAGAAAGACAAGGUUAUCGAGUCACUGCGUCUUGAGCUCGCCGAAUCACAGAUCAAACUCGUCGAGAUGGAAAAUGCCGGGGGAGGUCGCCAGCGCGAACUGGAGAAGGAGUUGCUGGAGGCUCGUAUGGCCAACGCUCGUUUGAUGGAAGACAAUGAGAGCUAUCAGCUUCUCCUGAGUGAGAAGACUCUCACAGGUGACUUCACCAAGGGCGAGUUCAUGCGAGAUGUCCACCCCACAAAGCAGUCGGCGAGUGGGCUUGGAUCCUUGGCAGAUGAACUUGAGUCCGUGGAGGAGUCGCCUGAAGCUGACGCCGAUUCCAAGCCAGAUGGAGGAGAGUUGAAGGCCCUCAAGGACCAGAACAAAGCCUUGACGCUCUACAUCGAGCGCAUCAUCAGCAGGCUUCUGAUGCACGACGGCUUCGAGCAUAUUCUCGAUAAGAACGAAGAUGAAGCCGGUGCAGACAAGAAGAACGAUAAGGAGCUGCCUCCGACUCCCCCUGAGAAGGAUGAUGCCCAGCAAUCCUUCUUGCAGCGGGCUAAAUCGGUGGUCGCCGGCCCCAAUUCCCGACCUUCUACCCAGCCCCGUUCGCGGCCUACGAGCAUGCUGCCACCUCCGACACCCACGCAGAGCAAUCCCAACGAGAACCCCAAUACUGCACCAAGUAUCCCAUUCCGCACCCAGUCUGUCAGAGCCACCCACCGUCGCAGUCGCUCCGAGCAAGUCGAUCCAGGUGCCGCAAAUGUCGUUGGUCAGAUGUACCGCGGCCGCAAUUCAGGCGGUCCAAUCUCUCCCUCGACUAUGGGCCCUGGGUCGCGCCAGAGCAUGUUCUCCGGCGCGGCAAGCUACAUCUCCAGCAUGAGUCGUGCGCCGUCAAUGUCCAGUCAGCCCGAUCGGAUGGGACGCAGCAGCUCUCCCAGCGUCGCUAGCGACCCUCAUGGAGACACGCUUUCCAGUGGUGCUACCUCCAGCCCUCCUCGCUCCAGCGGUGGUAUGAACAACUACACCGGUGCAGUGAUGCAGCAGGACAAGCUGCGCCCCCUGCGCCUCGUCAGCGAAACCACCAGACUCAAAGAGGAAGAAGAGGCGGCUCGCAAGAAGGCCAACCGCGGCAGCUGGAUUCCGUGGUUGAACCGCAACCCUGAGGAGGCAGCGCCUCAGUAG